AUGAGCAACAGGUUUCGCCGGCAGAGAAGUAAAACCGAUGGAUUGCGUCGGGAAUUGUAUAACACAGGAGUGGAUGUCAUCGAAAUCAUACCCCAGGCCUACAAGAAUACAAUGACUGAUAGAAUUGUAAGAGAUUUGGAUAAACACUGGAAUCAAACUAAACCUGAAGUGAAGUCAGACUUCGUAACUCUUCAAAUACCUAAGCAACCCAGACAGCUGCUCGGGUGGCGAAUAGGGACGCAGACAGGUCAGCACCCAAUCGUUCCCAGAGAUAUCCCUUUCCCAUCAAAUACUGCUCCAAAUUGUGCUCCAAUUCCCGUGAAUUUCUCAUCGCUUGGGAGGUCAACUAACCGCUAUUUGGCUAGGGAACCUGAAUAUCCGUUUGCGAACCGUAUACAAACUGGCACAGGUAUCUGUUGGAGUGAUGUGGCGAUUGGUUGUGAGGGCCUGUCAAACUCAUCAAAUGAAACAUCUAGUGCUAUCAUAUCCAGUUCCUCGAGUUGGACAUUAAGUAAAGACAUAUCAAAGUCCACGGGCUCAGGUCGGCCCCUGCCUCUCCAUUUGAUACAACUGGAGUGGAACGACACCAAUUUGAUCGCUUAUUUGCUCGUAAAUGUCUACCCCUUCCGGUCUAACCGUACUAUGAAACGUAUGAAGAAUUUCUUCAGUAAUCUGUUUUCUUGGAGGAAGAAAACUGAAACAAAACGCAAUAAUAAAGACAAUAAUAAGAAAGAGGCGAAGAAAGGCAGAGACAAAGACAAACACAAAGUAAACCCAAAGACAAAGCCAUUGGAAUCGAUACCCACUCUCAAGAAUGAGAAGAAGAAGACAGGACUGGAGACCACUCGUCUCACAUCACUUAACGGCCCUCCAAUGGGACAAAACAUAUACGAUGUCUGCGCGUAUGUCAUGGUUUGUGACAAACAUAACAAAAUCGUUUUGUCUCGUGAGGAAGACACGGGUUUUGUUUGGUUUCCAUUCGUUUCACUGCCCAAUAGUAGGACAUGGAGUGAGGGCUGUUUGGACGGCGCCUAUAUUCUUCUUUCCAACGGUGAUCCGAACGCUUAUCUUCAACUAAAAACAAAUAAAGUCAUCAAUGAAUCCUAUUGUAUGCAAUUACCGCAGACACAGAAAUUCAAUAUAAGAGUCAUGUAUUUCGUCAAAUUGGUUCAAAGUAACGGUAACUUCAAGUGCUGUCAGCAAACAGGACAACUCAAUUGGUAUCCAAUCAGUGAUGUACUCGGAGGCAAAUCACUUAAGUCAAAUCUAGUCCGGAAGAAGAUGCACGGGUCUCUAGGCGGCGCUUUAGACGAGGAAGAGCUCCUCAAGUCGGCCAACUAUGGCGGCAAAGAUGUCGAAAGGAUUUACGGCGAUUUCAUUGAGCAUUGCUUUCCGGCCUUUUAUAUGACAAUCACAGCGUUUGUCGAUUAUAUGGCUAAAUAUGGUUUCGACAAACGAGACAAAAAGUUGCCGCUUCUGUUCAAAGCAUUCAAUUUCAGUAAUUCCGGUUCACUUACCUUCUCUGAGCUACUCAUCGGUUUGUCGUCUAUAGAGCCGAACGCAGCCAACGGUCAGUCGCGCAUCAAAUUUGUCUUCAAGUACUUCGACACCAAUGGCGACGGCUUUCUGUCGGACAAAGAGUUUGAACAAAUGGUUCGCGAAAUAUAUCCCAAAGAAAGCAAUUCCCAAAUCCAACAGAAAGUGACGGACGGUAUGAAACAGAUUGGGGUUAAGAAGAAUGGCAUUUCGUUUGAAGCCUUUUUCAAAGCGUGCGGAAGUCAUAAGUUUCGGGGGACGAGCGGUCUGUGCCGAUCCAAGACACCACUUAUGGCACAAAUCUCGCGAUCAAUUGCCUCGAGAUCUUUGGGUCGACCUGUGAAAGAGCCGUCGACUUCGAAGGUGACGUCGCCUCAAGACUCGCAGAAAUACAAAGGGGUUUGUAAGUCAUGUAGAGAGCGAAAGUACGACUACGCCAUCCAUACGGUGCGACUCAACUCCGACGGUCGUUGUGUUGACGCCAAACGACUCAAAGGUUGGGAUCGACUCGAGAGGUCAAAGUCGAGCCAAAAAAAGAGUGAUUCUGUAAGAAGUGAUGACUCCAUAACUUUAGCCAAAUCUAGUGAAUCACUCUCGAAGUCGAGCGGCGGUUCCGGCGCUGUGGUCAACAUAUCUCGAGAAAGUUUUUCCGUAGAAUACGUUUGGAAUCCAAAAUCAGUGGCAAAUUAUUUCUUAGAACAGAUCCGAGCCUUUAAUCUAAAGAAAGGCUCGCAUAAAGACAAUAAGGGAUUAAUGGACAGCCCAUCUGAACACAAGGACUUUGUCGACAAACUUCAAAAACUGUGUAAACAGAUCGAGAAAAUCUUAGCCCAAGAGGACAGGUGUGUACGUAUGAGUUCGCCCGCGUAUAUCAUUGGAGACAUUCACGGAAAUCUCGAGGAUUUGCUUACGAUGGAGAAAGUUUUGUGGAAAAGUAUGCCUAUAUUUACCUCCAAUCUGCUAUUUCUGGGCGAUUAUGUGGACAGAGGAAAAUGGGGGGUGGAGUGUGCCAUUUACAUCCUCUGCUUGAAACUGUUGGCCCCAAACAAAGUGGUUAUGUUAAGAGGCAAUCAUGAGGUCCGGGACCUACAGAUACACUAUUCGUAUCAAAGGGAAUGCAUUCGUAAAUACGGCGAAGACUUCGGGAAAAAAGUAUUUGAAAUGACAAACAGAGUGUUUGAUAGACUCCCGGUCUGUGCGGUCAUCGACGACGCCAUCUUCUGCUCUCACGGAGGCAUUCCCUGCAGUAGUCGACUCAUCUCAAAGAUCAAUGAAAUCAAGACCGACCUCAAAGACCCGGAGCAUGAGUCGGCCAUCGCGUGGGAGAUCCUGUGGUCGGAUCCGAUUGGCGCCCAACAGUUCAUCGAAACGGCGGAAUUGCUUCAAAUAAAGCCCGAGAGCACCAAAGGCUUCCUCACGAACACCAAACGCGGCACAGCGUUCCUCUUCGCCGAAGACGCGGCCAAUAAUUUCCUACAAACCAAUGGACUGACACACAUCGUGAGGGCGCAUGAGGUGCCGGCCAACGGAUACACCUUUCACUUCGGCAAUAAGUGUGUGACAGUGUUCUCCAGUUCCCACUACUGCGGGAACAACAACCUGUCCGCCUGUGUUCACGUCGACAACGAAAAGCUCAGAAUCAUCCGCUUGGAUACUGUUAAUAACGCGCCCGCCUGUGACUGA